UUGUCUGAUCUCCAGUUGGAUUCAAUUGUUGAUUGAAGUGAGAAGUGUGCUCGCUUCCAUUUGCACUUGCUCAUUGGCCAAGUGCUGGUAUCAAUUCUCGAUGUGAAGUCUGCAUAAUCGUUGAGGAACUAAAUGAGAAAGGGAACGGAAACUUGUUUCCAUUCUUUGGGUCUGAAGUUAUUUCGAAUCGAAGGUGGUACAUUAUGCUAUCAUUGUUCUGUUCAGUUGCUCUGAGAACCCCAUUGUGCGCAGCCCAAGUGUGCCACAGAGUUCAAGAUGGAGCACUUGUUUGAGGUCCGCGAGCUGAAGUUCACCGACCCUACGAAUUCAUCAUCUGUGAUAACCAUGUCCUUCCCGGUAGCCAACAAGACCUUUCUUCAAGCCAUUCAAAGUGCCAAUGAACAACUCUACACUGGGAUUGCCCUCAUCUUCCUCUCCAUUGGGCUGCUGUCCUUAAGUUUCAUCCUCAUGUACAUGUGGCUCUUGAAUCGACGCAAGAAAACCGAGCAUAUUCAAAUCAUUGAGGAACAACAGAUGGCCAAUCAUGGACCAUUUCCUCGUCGGAUUGACCACCAAAAGUUUGUCGACACACCGCCACCCUAUUAUAAUGACUCGCUAAAUCACGCGUACAAUCCAUAGCGGUGGCCAGAUGAAUGGAUGUGGAUGUGAUUUUGGAAUAUAUUGCGUCUGGUGGUGGGGGAAAUCCUAAGAAAACAUGUGACUGGCGAAUUGAAAUGUGAUUUAGCAACUGUGAUAUACUCUGCAAUAAAGUAUCAAGGACA